CUAGCCAGGAUUAACUCGAUCCAUCGCUUGAUCGCCAUGGCUCCUUCCUCCCAGCUACUGACUUUAGUCCUCCUCCUGCUGGCCGCGUCGGCGGCCGUGCCGCGCGGUGCCGCCCUCCACGGCACCAACCUAAAGCGAAUUCGCGCGUACAUGCACCAGACCCUCACGGGUCCGAACGCGACGGAGGUGACGUCGGUGCAGUCCCCGCUGGGCGGCGGCGCGACGUUUGGGCAGAUCACCGUGCUGGACAACGAGCUGCGGGACGGCCCAAACCGGUGGCGCUCAUCACCCCUUGGCCGUUUCCAGGGCUUGGUCGCCGAGGUGGGGCUGGCGGGCACGCCGGGCCUGUUGUCGGCGGCCAACGUGGUGUUCACGGCCGGGCGGCACCGCGGGAGCACGCUGGCCAUGCUGGGCACGGUACAGAACUUACGGGUCACCGUUGAGCGCAGCGUCGUCGGCGGGACCGGUGAGUUCCGCAUGGCGCGCGGGUACAGCUCCAUGGUUUACAUGGCCGGGCCGAGCACGCCGAACAACGAUGUCUACAUGAUCGACUUCUUUGUUCAUGUCUAGGCGCGGUUUGAGUAGUUAUCGAUUAUCUCAUCUAGGCUGCUGAGGAAAGUAUGGCUUUGCCACUUGGCCACGACCAGUUCCGUUGUGAUAAAAAACGUGCCAUAUAUUUAACUAUACGGUAAGUGUUUGUAUUCAAAAAAUAAAAACAGGCCGGUAUUAUUUGUACGGUAGGCCCAUUUA